AUGAUUAACGAUAUUGAUGAAUUAGCAACAGCAACAACUAAAACAUUUCGCUUUAGUUCUGGUGACCUUAUAACUCUUGAAGAUGAUCAAAUUGAAAAAAUACCUUAUUUGACUGCUCUUGUUUCUUCUGCUCAUAGUUUUGAAUCAAUAUGUAAUAAAAAUGGUCAUUAUAAUCUUGAUCCACAUAUUGAAUUUAAACAGUUUUCUUUUGCUAUUCAAUCACUUUCAUUUCAUUCAGUUCGACAAUUAUUUACUCAUUUACCUAAACAAAAUAAUAUUAUAUCUAUUAUUGCACUUCUGGAUUUUCUUGGUAUUGGACCUCAACCAGAUCCUUCAUUGAAAGAAGUUGAUUCAAUUUUCUUUUCAAAUAUAGUAUAUAGUCCUUUGUUAGAAAAUUAUUUACAAAUAAUUCGACUACCUGAUAUUCAAGAUAUGACUGUUCGAUUUGCUAUUACCAUGGCUAAAGAAGAAUAUGAUUUUACUAAUCGUAAUGUAAUUGAUCAAAUACAUUGGUUUAUUAGGUUUAUUUUAAGUGCUUACAAAUUUUUCGGACCUCGUCUUCGUCAUCAUGUAUACAAAAUUGCUAAGCAUUGUUUUUCUCUAUUCAAACGUUCUCUAUUAAAAUUUCUUCGAAAACUUGUAUGGAAAGCAGAGAAAAAAAGACGAAAAUUUCUACUUCGUGCACGUUUAUAUCGUUCAUCGUCAUUGUCAAAAUCAGAUAUUAGUAAUCCACGUUUAUCAGCAAAUAAAUUUGAUUUACUUGAAGCAAAAGAAAUUGAACAUAAUCAUGGUAGUCUAUCACCUUGUCUUGAAUUACCAACUGACGAACCAUGUGAUAAUUAA